GAUGUGUGGCAGCAGGUGAGGGAGGGUCAGAUCGACCCCCUGACCCUGAAGGAGAUGUUGGAGAGCAUCAGGAAGAAGGCCGACGUCCCGCUGUCCGUCCGCUCGCUCAGGUUCCUCUCUCUAGAGACGGACGACAUGGACGAGUUCGUCCAGCUGCACAAGCAGCAGCCAAUCAGACGGCAGACCGUCAUCACCUGCAUCGGCACUCUGAAGAAGAGCACGGCCGACGAUGACGGCGUCAGCUGUCUGGUGAUCGGCACAGAGAGCUGCGACGUCUACGUCCUCGACCCCGAAGCCUUCAUCAUCCUCUCCAAGGUGAGCUCACAGCACCUACUGAUGACAUCAUCAUCAUUCUGCUCAUUCAGUGAUUCUGUCCUCGUGUCUGCAGCCUCAGCGUAUGCAGACCUGCAGCAGCACCGGUCUGAGGGUGUCCACAGAAGGCUGUCCCCGGUGUCCAGCUACGUCCCCCAGCCGGACUACCUGGAGGGGGAUGAGGACGAGGACCUCAUCAAACCCAAAAAACUUGUGAAUCCUGUCAAAGCCUCAAAGAGUCACCAAGAGCUUCACCGAGAGCUGAUGAGCAGCUGCAAACGGGGUCACGGGGUCAGUGUGGAGAUGAAGCCGGAGCUGCAAAGAGUUCUGGAGUCCAGGAAGAGAGAUCAGCUGAUCAAACAGAGGAAACAGGAAGAGGAAGCUCACAGGAAGAUUUCUCCUCUGGAGGCUGAACUGCUGAAGAGACACAGGAAGCUGGAGGAGGUAACACACUCACACA